UGUAAGAACUCAAUAACUCCAUAUCUUGGCUGCCUGCCAGAUAUGAAUAAAGAUUCAUUGUAUUAGAAUAAUAUUAGUAAAGAAUAACCAUGAACAAUUGAAUAUGGUGGAUGAUUGAUUCUAUAAUCUAUUCCAACUCAACAAUUCUUUUGUUCUCACCCUUCACCUCCAUCACCAAAACCAUGUACUAUUAUUAUUCACCAAAAUCCUAAUCCUUUUUUGCCCUUUAACAACUCUGUCACCUUCGACCAUGUUUCCCCUUCUUCAUAUCUUCCUCUUUCUCCACUUAUCAUUCCCUAGUUAUGUAUCAUCCCAACAACCUAAUACAACCCCAUGUCCUCUCGAUUUUAACGCACUUCGUAAUUUGAUAAACCAAAGUUCAAAACGCCCAAAUUUGAACUCCACCACACACUGUCAAUACAUUCGUCAGGGCUUACGUCUUGUCCAAUCUGAAUAUCUUCGCCGUACAAACUCUUUCUUUCCGCCACUCACAUCCGCCGAAUCUUGCUGGAACAGUUACCAGUUUUUGGUCAACGACUAUGUACCCAACUUCGAUAUACGCAAAUCUUGUGGUUUUCAAACUUCUUGGAUCUCUCAGGGUUGUAUGAAUAUCACUACUCGUUUCGAGUUCGAGUCUAAUGUCUCUGUUUCAGCACUUUCCAACAUGGUUUCUUCGUGUAAUCAGUCCUUAGAGAAUAAUUCCNAAAAACCCGCUAGUACAGCCCUAGAUGUUACUGCUACUGCUAGUUCAGGAAAAGGUAAAAAGAAUGUGACUAUUAUUGUUGUGGUUCUAGUUUGUGGAUUGGUUUUAGUGUUUGUGGGGUUUGUUUAUUGGUUUUUGUGGCGGCGGAGGAAAAAUAGAUUGGCUCAUAAGUGGAACAAUAGGAGGAUUGAGAGUAAUUUGAGUUCUCGUUUGGAUUCGAUUAGUGGAAGUACUACUUUGAUUAGGUUUACUAUCGAUGAAAUUAAGAUGGCAACGAAGAAUUUUUCGAGGGUGAAUAUAAUUGGGACAGGAGGAUAUGGAAAUGUGUACAAAGGUGUGUUGCCUGGUGGGGUUGAAGUAGCUUUGAAAAGAUUCAAGAAUUGUUCAGUUGCUGGGGAUGCAAGUUUCACACAUGAAGUUGAGGUUAUUGCUAGUGUUAGGCAUGUUAAUUUGGUAGCUUUGAGAGGAUAUUGCACUGCUACAACUCCUUAUGAGGGUCACCAGAGGAUUAUUGUUUGUGAUUUGAUGAAGAAUGGGAGUCUACAUGAUCACUUAUUCGGGACGCGAUAUGAGAAAUUAAGUUGGGGUAUUAGGCAGAAAGUUGCACUUGGUACUGCUAGAGGUUUGGCUUACUUGCAUUAUGGAGCACAACCGGGUAUUAUUCAUAGGGAUAUUAAAGCUAGUAAUAUUCUUUUAGAUGAGAGUUUUGAGCCUAAGGUGGCGGAUUUUGGAUUAGCAAAGUUCACUCCUGAGGGAAUGACGCAUUUGAGCACUCGCGUAGCAGGGACGAUGGGAUAUGUAGCACCCGAGUAUGCUUUAUAUGGCCAGUUGACAGAGAGGAGCGACGUUUAUAGCUUUGGGGUUGUGCUUCUUGAGCUUUUAAGUGGCAAGAAAGCAAUAAUAGAGUUUAAUGAUGGGCAGCCGACGCUUGUGACUGAUUGGGCAUGGUCAUUAGUUAGGGAAGGUAGAUCAUUAGAUGUUCUUGAAGACAAUAUUCCGGAUUUAGGCCCUCCAGAAGUUGUGGAGAAGUAUGUAUUAGUAGCUGUUCUUUGUUCCCACCCACAAUUGUACGCGAGGCCAACAAUGGACCAGGUUGUUAACAUGUUGGACGCGGAUAUACCUGUUCCAAAUAUACCAGAGAGACCAAUUUCUCUCAUUGCGGAUCUUGAUGACAUUGAAAGGUCUGUUAGCAGUAGUUUUUCUGGUAAUCUGUCCACUGCUGCAGGCUAUCAGCCAUACAUAAUUGAGCGCGAGACACCCCUAGCAGAUAGUGAUUCUGUCAAGGACAGAUCAUUGGAUAAAAGAUUGUGAUAGAGAUAGAUGCAAAGUAUCAGUUUGAACUUUCUACUUGAUAGAAUUUCGAGGAGUUGUGAUGAAUAGCUCAUUCGUUUCUAAUAUAGGAACCAGAACUACUAACAUAAAUUGUACAGUGACUAUGUAUGUAUACUCAACUUUUGAUUCUUGUGUAAUAGUUUGGAGGAAUAAAGCAUGAUGUUUUGAA